AUGGAGGGCGACGGCCUGGAGAAGUCAGAGGGCCGGCCGGCCUCUUCGCGACCCGAGUCCGAGCGCCUGGCGGCGGAGGUGGGGCUGAGCACGGUGCUGGCCCUGGCGCUGUUUGUGGCGGUGAAGCUGAUUUUGGACGCCGUGCGCCGCCGGAGAGCGAAGGUCUCGGCGCUGGUGGUGGGCGCCGGCCCGGUGGGGCUGACGGCCGCCCUGGUCGCUGUCCGCUCGGACAAGGUGCUGAAGCUGACGCUGCUGGACGCGCGCCCCCGCGCCGCCCUCCUCUGCCGGUCCCAGCAGAUCGCGCUCGACCCCCGCAGCGUCCGAUUCCUGCUGGGGCUGGGGGUGGACUUCGACAACCUGGAAGGCUGCUGGGACAAGGAACACUUCUUCACCAAGGUGGGCGUUUUCCAGGAGCACCUACUCAGCAUCCUGGAGCAGCACAAGUGGCAAUUGCGUCUCCGGAUCUUGCUGGGCACCAAGUUCACAGAUGAUUUUCUAAAAAACAAUUUAGCCACUGAUUGGCCAAGAAUAAUUGUCUUAGCUGAUGGAUCCUGUGGUGAAUCAAGUGCAGUCCUUGGAAUCAGCCCAGAAUACAUUGUGGAAUCUUGCAAUGCUUACGGCGCUAAUGCAGUCAUUGACAGACCUGAUCAACGACAGGUACCAACACCAGAGAUCCGUGCUCAUAAUUUGUACUUUGAUCUCUCUGCUUAUGGCAUGGAUACCUCAGCCACAAAAACACAAUUUCCAGAAACUGCAUUCCACCUCAAAAUCUAUGGCACAUUCCGCAAUCGUUGUUUGGCUCUGGCAUGUCCUGCUUCCAACUCCAAAGUUGUAAGGUUCCUGCAUUGCACACUCAAUUCUACUAUAAUGAAAAGUAUCUUCCAGCAGUCUUUCAAUGCUUAUAAGAUGGAUAUUGAGCCAAGAAUUGGUGAACCGACCCUCCAUUGUAUCCAAUGCAGUAGCCGACUCUUUGAAAUUAUGCUGUCCCAUCGACGGGUGACAACCGCUCUCAUUGAUGAGGACAACGUUGUUGUCACUGUUGAAGAUGAAGCAGCCAGAAUGCUGAAUUUUGACACAGGCUGUGGUGUUAAUCUCGGUCUGAGAGGUUUGGAGUCAAUGGAAGAACUGAUUUAUAAGGUGGCCACCGCUGUGGAUCAGCAGGAUGUCUUUGAGGCCUUGGCAACUAAAAUCCAGCAUUCCAAACAAGUGGUUGAAGAUUUUAAGCAGAAUGGAUUAUCCGCUGCCAUGUUUGAAUGAUCAGAUUGGAUCAUAGCCACUGCUGAGAUCUGUGGGCAUUCUUGGAUCUUUUUGCACACGAAGAAAAGAUGAGGGCCUUUUCUUUUUAUUUAAGGGAGAAAAA